AUGAAGUUCUCUGCAUCUUACUCGAUCGUCUUCUGCGCGCUUGUCCUGCUGCUCACCGGCCCCGUUAACGUCACCGCCCAAUGUUCCGAUGUCCACAUCGUCUUCGCCCGUGGCAGCGGUGAAAUGCCUGGUCUUGGUAUCUGCGGUACGCCGUUGGUGAGUGGCAUCAAGCAGAACCUCGCUGGCAUGAGCGUCUCGUCAUACGCAGUCAACUACCUGGCUUCUGUGACUCAAACGAGUGCCGGUCCGGGCGCCACGGACAUGACCAACCACGUCAAGACCGUUGCGCAACAGUGCCGGACACUGUAUUCGUUCUUGGCGGAUACUCUCAAGACGAUGCUCGGUGUCGGCGCUAGUAUCCCGGAGGAAUUGGCGCCUCGCAUCAAGGCCAUCGUGACAUUCGGCAACCCGUUGAAGCUCAUGGGUCAGACCAUCGAGCGAUCCAGCCAACUGUACGGAUCCAAGGCCAUUGAGUUCUGCAACUUAGGCGACCCGGUGUGUGCCAACGGCUUCAACACCAUGGCGCACAUUACGUACCCGAUGGACGGCAGCGUGACUAAAGCGGCUGCGCAAGCUGCGGCGCUGGUGAAGGGCAAUGCAAGGGCGUUGCGUGGAUGA